AUGGCGCGGCAGGGUUUGGCAUUCCGAGGUGAUGGCGAUGAUACGGAAGGAAAUUUCCAUCAAAUUACACUUCUUCUAAGCAGGCACAACCCACCUUUAAAGCACUGGCUGGAAAGCAAAGACAUGAAGCAAUUUCAGAUGACGUAUAUGUCUGGAAAGUCUCAGAAUGAAUUUAUUCAGUUGUUAGCUGAUGCUGUCCGUGAGGACAUAGUGCAUGAAGUGUCCAUUGCUGGCAUGUUUGGUGUGAUGGCUGAUACAACACCAGAUAUCUCAAAUAAGGAUCAGUUGGCAGUUGCUGUUCGUUAUUUGGAUACAAAUGACCAGCGUGUAGAACGCCUUAUUCAAGUGAAAGAAGUGACAGAUAAAACUGGGGAAGGAAUGGCAAACGCAACUCUAUCGUCACUAGCGGAGUGUAAGAUUGACAAUUCAACCUUGUGUUUUCAGACAUAUGACAGCGCUUCCAAUAUGUCGGGAAAAUACAAUGGAGCACAAAAGAAGCUUUCAGAAAAGGUUGAAAGAGAGAUAAUCUAUGUACCAUGUAUUGCUCAUGGGGCAAACUUAGUCAGCGAACACAGCAGUAACUCUAGUGCCCUCAUAAAAAACAUGUAUGAAGUUCUGGAAGCAAUAUACGUGUUUUUCAACGCAAGUACAAAACGUUCAAAGGCAUUAGCUGAUCUACUGAAAGAAGUUGAAAAUUCACUACAAUUAAGGAAUCUGUCAAAAACACGAUGGACAGUUCGUCCUGAGUCAGUCGAAGCCGCAUGGAGAAGCUUUGAUACUGUUGUUGAAGCACACAGAGCAUUAAAUUACCAAGAUGAUGACGAAGGUGCUAGAAAGAGAAACCCUUGA